AUGAUGCGCCAGCAGCAACCUUUGGACUGGGACACGUUCAGGAACUCGAGUUUCUUGCUCACCAACAUGUCAUCGAUCAUGCAAAAAGAGGAAGCGUUGUUGGCAUUUGUUUUACAGAAAUACGCCAAGUUUAUGUUCUCCAGCAGCGGCAAAACCGCCAUCGGCUGUUCCCUCUCACCCGUCAUAGCGGUGAUAACAUUGGUUUUCAUGAUCCUGAGUUUGAUUGGUCUGCUUAAGAAAAGUCGUCAGCUCCUCAAUAUAUACCGAUGCUUUUGCGUUUGUGGGUUGAUAUCGUCCUUCUACUUUUUCAUCAACUUUGGAAUGCAAUGCAACUCAAGACUUGUGGAUACGACGAAAUGGUUUGCGAGAAUAUCAUUCUGCGCGGUAUUCCUCUUGGGACUCCAUUGCUACCUAGAGCAAUACGAAUCUCAAGCAAUCUUCCAA